CUGCAUUUUUUGAAUCGGUUCCGGGAGAUGGAGGGCGCCGGCGAAAACAAUCGCCAAGUCGCCGUCAACUGCAGAUUGGCCGAGCAAGGCGGUUCGCUCGCCUUCCGUGCGAACAAACCCUUCCUCGUCGCUAGCAAGAGAUCCCGCCAUGGACUCUCCCCUUCGCCUCCCUCUUCCUCCUCCAAAUGCCGCCAAAGGGUUCCGCUUUCUGACAUUACAAACGGCUGCUUGACUCCGUCUUCCGGAACCAUGAUACCUUGGAAAGAACGUCUGGAUUCCGUUGUAUCUCCAGCAAAAAGCAUUCUUGAUGAGGAUCUUGACGAGGCGUUUCUCCUCGAGGUGGACGCCAUAUGUGAAAAGAGGUCAACAGUGAAGAAGGAAAGGUUAGGCGAGGAGGUGGUGGAAAAUAAGGGACGUGUAGUGGGCGGAUAUAAGGACUCGGGUUCAUGUAGGCAGGGGGGUUUAUUCGAGGACGCUGAUGAUGAGUCUUUGAAGCUGCAUAAGUACUGGGAUUAUUGGAAAAAUCUUAAUGAUGCGCAGAGGGAAGCUGCCUGCAGUGACACUUCAGUCCCAUUGAUGAUUGUUGCUGGCCCAGGAAGUGGAAAGACAUCCACAAUGGUUGGGCGCGUGCUGACACUGCUCAAAGAGGGAAUUGAUCCAUCCAACAUCCUAGCAAUGACUUUCACAAUUGCUGCUGCAUCAGAGAUGAGGGAUCGAAUUGGAAUAGUAGCUGGAAAAGCAGUUGCAAAAGAAAUUGAAAUCAGCACAUUUCACUCAUUUUGUUUGCAGCUUUGCAGGAAACAUGCAGAAAAAUUGGGACGUACACCUGACUUCCUAAUAUAUGGACCUGGGCAACAAAGACGGGCUAUCAUUGAGGCAUUGCGUUUGAUAAUGACUCGCCAAAAAAAUGCAUCAGAAACAGUAAUCCAGAAGCUUGAAGAAGUUCAUGGUACUGAUAUUGCUAACUCUUUGAAGGAAAAGUCCAAGAAGUGGCUAAAGUUUGUUGCACAGGCUAAGGCCUCUGGCAGAACAGCUGAAGACUGUGGUAUAAAUGGUGAUGAAACUGGUGCUUUGAUCCUUGAAAACUAUGACAAGAUUCUUGCCUCUUGCAAUGCUUUGGAUUAUCAUGAUUUCAUUAGCUCAUCUGUGAAGUUACUUACUGAUUUCCCUGAAGUUUACAAUGAGUGUUUGAACACUUGGAAGGCAAUUGUUAUAGAUGAAUUUCAGGAUACAAGUUCAAUGCAGUAUUGCCUUUUAAAGAUUUUAGCUUCUCAUAAUCGUGUAACAAUUGUUGGCGAUGAAGAUCAGUCCAUAUUCAGUUUUAAUGGUGCUGAUGCUUGUGGUUUUGACUCCUUUCGAAGAGACUUUCCUACUGUCAAAGAGGUUAGAUUAAAGAAGAAUUAUCGCUCUACCAAAUGCAUUGUUGAGGCAGCUUCUUCUCUCAUACAGAACAAUAAUAAACGUUGCUGUAUUAAACAAAUUGAGACUGAUAAUUCCUGCGGAAGCAAGGUUACUAUUAAGGAAUGCCACAACGAAGAUGCUCAAUGUGCAUUUGUCAUUGACAAAAUUUUAGAGAUGACAUCACAUGACUCAAAUGCUGACGUCUCCUUUGGCAAUGUUGCGAUUCUUUACCGGAGACAAGUCUCUGGAAAAGCAUUCCAAGCAUGUUUGCGAGACAGGAAAAUACCUUUUAAUACUCAUGGGGUUGCCUUUUAUCGGAAAAAGGUAAUAAAAGCUAUUAUGGCAUUACUGAGAACAACAUUGCCUGAUUGUGAUGAUGGCCCAUUUCGACUUGCCUUCAAGGCACUUUUUCCUGGUGAUAACGAAGAAAAGAAAUUGGUUGUUGAUUAUGUUGAAAGGAUUUCCUCAGCAAGAAAAUGUAGCUUUUUGGCAGCUGCAAAAGACAUUUUUCAUGCAAAAGUUUCUGGUACUUUCAAAAGGUAUCAACUUACUCAAGGACGCAAAGUAUUAUUUUCACUUGAUAUGAUCUCCACGCUUGUAAGAAGAGAAAGUUCAAUCUCAAUGGUCAUCUCUUCUGCAGCAAAUAUGUUACCUCAGAAAUAUCUUCUUGAAAAGCGUGCGAUAGUUGAUGCAGAAGGUGGGAAGUUUUUGAAUGAGGACAAUGACCUAAGAUCAGUAGUUCAAUAUUUGAUGGAUGAUGUGUCAGAUUUCUUGUCCAUGCAUUUUACUAAUUCAGAGGAUCAAAACAUUAGCAAAGAAGAAGGUUGUCGAAGCAUACUCAAGUCCUUCAUUGACUUCAUAACUUUGAGAGAAACAGAAAAUUUUCGAUCUCGUAGGCAAGAAAAUAAAAACUCUGUUACAUUGACAACUAUUCACCAGUCAAAAGGUCUAGAAUGGGAUGUUGUUUUCAUCGUGAAGCUGCUUGUUCUGUGUUCAGGGAACUGGACAUACAAGGACAUUUUCAAGUUGGGUGUAUAUAUUGCCAAUGAUAAUGAAAUUCCUUUGCUUCAUGAAUAUAAUGGUGUUCACCAAGGUGCAACAACUCUUGAGGAGGAGCGUAGGCUUCUAUAUGUUGCAAUGACUCGUGCUCGAAAGAAGUUGUAUAUUGUGUAUGUCAUCAUGGAUUCCAGUUGGCAGUUACUCCAACCUUCACGUUUUCUUAACGAAAUUCCAGAUCGUCUUCUCGAGACACAGAGUGAGGCAGUUUCCAGAGAUUUGGUAAUUUCAAAUAAAAUUAUUUCUAAUUCAAUGGGACUAGAAACAUCAGAUGAGAAGGUUCAUGGAGAUGUUAAGAAAAUUGAUGAUAUCUCCAGUUGUUUCAAAGGGAUAACUGACAUAGCCUUGAACAAUAGUUUUCUGAAGAGGUUCAACAUGGAAGACAGAUCCAUUGUGUCAUUUUUAUUUCAUCAAUGGGGAAAACGGCCUGCAUUUCAACAUCCUAGCCGGUUGGUUGAUAAGAUCAGUUUUGUCAUUGAUGAACGUUUAAGGAACAAGACAUACAAACAUAAGGAUGUUAUGAGAAUUCUCAAAUCUUGCUUGAAAGAUGAUGAUGCAAUCAGUUAUGCACAAUACGUGAUAAAGUGGGAACAAAUUCCUGCUGGACUUCGAGUACAUUUAAAUAGAGAAAAACAGGAACACUUCCAAAAGCAAAGAAUCGAGAACUCUAUGGGUUCAUCCAAAGCCACGCCUAAACAGAUUGCUUAUCUACAUAGUUUGGGGUGCACCAUUAGUCCUUCCUCGCGCCUUCACGCCUCACGUCUGAUAGAACAAUAUAAAUCCUUGUGAAACGCUGGAUCUGGUGAAGUUUUGCAGGGAAAAACAUAUUUCUUCACAAUUCAAGCAAUUUACUUGGCAUUGAGAUAGUUGAUUCUGGAAGAUGAUCCGAUCAUUCCUUUUCAACAAUGUUUAUGUUAAUGUUUGUCCAGGAGUAAUUUAAUUGAUAUUUGUUAUUAUCAAAAUUGAAUCCUAUCUUGUAUAUUCUCAUUUUCUACCCAAUCAACUUAUCUAUGCGCUGGUAGAAUGAGAUUUACUUAUUCCAAAUAUUUUGACCAUGUGAGGCAUACUAUAUAUAUAUCAAGCAAUACUCCUA